AUGGCCACCAUGACCGUGACGGCGCCUGUCUCCAAGAAGACAGCUAAAAAGAAUAACAAGCUGAUCCCGGAGAACGAGCGGUUCAUGCGAGCAUGCUCUGACAUUGCGAACACACUCAUUCAGGAGUAUGAGUCCCAAAAAGAUCUCUCGCAGCCACGGAAAGAUAUCAACCUCAACAAGCUGCGGGGCACAAUCGCAAAGAAACACUCCCUGGCCACCCAGCCACCACUGACGGCGAUCAUUGCGGCCGUGCCAGAACACUAUAAGAAAUACAUCUUGCCAAAGCUUAUUGCGAAGCCGAUCCGAACUUCCUCUGGUAUCGCUGUUGUAGCCGUCAUGUGCAAGCCUCACCGAUGCCCCCAUAUCGCAUAUACCGGCAACAUCUGUGUCUAUUGCCCCGGGGGCCCCGACUCUGACUUCGAGUACUCUACGCAAUCAUAUACCGGAUACGAGCCGACCUCGAUGCGCGCGAUCCGUGCUCGCUACGAUCCGUUUGAGCAGGCGAGAGGACGUGUGGACCAGAUCAGAAGUCUGGGCCACAGUGUGGAUAAGGUGGAGUACAUCAUCAUGGGUGGAACAUUCAUGUCAUUGCCGGAGGAUUAUCGGGAUACUUUCAUAUCUCAGCUUCACAAUGCUCUCAGUGGAUACCAGACAGACAACGUGGACGAGGCCGUGCAAGCUGGAGAAAUGAGUAACAUCAAGUGUGUCGGUAUUACGAUUGAGACCCGUCCAGAUUACUGUCUGGAUACUCAUCUGAGCAGUAUGCUACGUUAUGGUUGCACCCGACUGGAGAUUGGUGUCCAGAGCCUGUACGAGGAUGUUGCGCGCGAUACAAACCGUGGCCACACCGUCGCGGCAGUGGCUGAAACCUUCAAGCUCGCCAAGGAUGCUGGAUUCAAGGUGGUCAGCCACAUGAUGCCCGAUUUGCCAAAUGUCGGAAUGGAGCGCGACCUGUUCCAGUUCCAGGAAUAUUUCGAGAACCCUGAUUUCCGCACAGACGGCCUCAAGAUCUACCCUACUCUUGUCAUCCGCGGUACCGGUCUCUACGAGCUGUGGCGAACGGGGCGGUACAAGAACUAUACUCCCAACGCCCUGAUUGAUCUGGUGGCUCGCAUCCUUGCGUUGAUUCCCCCAUGGACUCGUAUUUACCGUGUUCAGCGUGAUAUUCCGAUGCCCCUGGUCACUUCCGGUGUCGAGAACGGCAACUUGCGCGAACUGGCUCUGGCCCGAAUGAAGGACUUUGGAACAACCUGCCGUGAUGUUCGUACCCGUGAAGUGGGCAUCAACGAGGUCAAGAACAAGAUCCGCCCGUCGCAGGUUGAGCUCAUCCGUCGCGACUACACUGCCAACGGCGGCUGGGAGACAUUCUUGUCCUACGAGGAUCCUAAGCAGGAUAUUCUCAUCGGCUUGCUUCGUCUGCGCAAGUGCAGCGACACUCACACUUUCCGCCCCGAGUUCAUUGGUCAGCAGACUAGUAUCGUCCGCGAGCUGCACGUCUAUGGCUCUGCUGUGCCUCUUCACGGGCGCGACGCGCGCAAGUUCCAGCACCGAGGUUUCGGAACUUUGCUGAUGGAAGAGGCCGAGCGUAUCGCCCGUGAGGAGCACGGAAGCCGUAAGAUCAGUGUCAUUUCGGGUGUUGGUGUGCGUAGCUACUACGCACGUCUAGGCUACACCUUGGACGGACCUUACAUGUCUAAGAUGCUGGAACCAUACGAGGAUGAUGAAUGA